GUACUUUUAUCUUUUAAUUAAGAAAAGAUAACAAAAUCCAGCAGAUGGGGGAGUGGCAUAACAACAUGUGGCAAUGGAAGUUGACAUGGAGACGAAGUAUGUGUGGGUGGGAAGAAGAAAAGUUGCAAGAGCUAUCUAACUUGAUGCUUAAUGUCAUGUUAGACAGAGGGCAACAGGAUGCAUGGUGUUGGAGGCAUACCAAGGAGGGAAUUUACACAGCAAAGUUGGGAUACUUGUUGCUAAGAGACCAACAAGGAGGGGAUGAUACAAAAUUAUUCAGAAAAGUGUGGAACAAAUACAUUCCAAACAAGGGCGGCACUGAAAGAUACCAACCACUUGUUCUUGGAAUGCCCCUUUGUAGUAAAAUUGUGGUGGAAAUGUCAAGAAUGGUGGGGAUUGAGCUGUGUGAAUUAUAAUGAGUGUAGGAAGGCUUUUGUUCAGCAUAUCUUCUAUUCAAAAAACAAAUGGGUUAGGCAGGGCUGGGAAACCAUUUGGUUUGGCCUCACAUGGACCCUAUGGUUAGCAAGAAAUGAACAAAUUUUUA